AUGUCUCCACCCGUAGUUAAUACAUACCACUGUACCUUUUGCACGAAUCUUUUACUGGCUACGACACAUAGGAUUUCUACACUGCCGACGAGGAAGGGAAGAGCUGGGCAGCGGGAUGGAGAUGGGGAUGGAGAUGGGAGUUUUAUAUUACCAGUUUCGGGGAUUGUGCCGCGCUUUAUGGAUGCGGGUGAUGCGAUGGAUAUAAUUGAAGAUGGAGAGGGAAGUUCUGCGGGGGGAAGAGAGGAGGGGGAAGAAGGUGUAGGAGGUGUGGGUGGAAAUGGAGAAGAUGAGAAAGAAGAUGAACCAUUACCAACAUAUGGAUAUACGACUCUUCUUGGUCUGGCACAACCGAAUAAACAGAUUAUUAUACGUAGAGAAGAUGGGUUUGAGAAGAGGGGUUUGUGGAGGUGUGGGAGGUGUGCGGUGGUGGUUGGGUAUGAGGUUUUUGGGGAGGAGAAGGGGAAGGGGGUUGGAGGGAAAGCGGAUGGAGAUGGUGAAAGGGAAGGAGAUGAUGGGUUUGAGGGAAUGGUUUUGUAUUUGUUGAGGGGUGCUUUGAUGAGUACGGGGGUUAUGGGGGAUGGGAAGGAUGGGAAUGAUGGGAUGAGGAUUACGGAAUUAGAUGCUGGGGUUUUGGGGAGUGGGAUGGGGGUUUGGGAGUAG